AUGUCGCUUUCUGAGAUGCUUAAGGAACAUAACAAGCAGAAAACAUUAAGGAAGGAAAUGCAGGAAAAAUUAAAAAACGAAGCAAUAGUGUCUGCUCAUAACUUAUCCUCUGCUGUAAUUGAUCAUCUGAAUUCGAAAGUAUCGCAAGCAUACGCCAAUCAGAAGAGGUUAGAUGUGGAAGCAAAACGUUUUGAAUGCAAUGCUAUAGCUCUUUGUCGUCAAUCAGAGCAAUGGUUAACGGUAACCGAGACUUUAAAUCAAGCUUUAAAAGAAGUAGGUGAUGUGAAUAACUGGUCAGUAGCUAUUGAGAAAGAUAUGGCAAUAAUUACAGAAUCCUUACGAACAAUUUAUGAAGAAUGUCACAAAUCACCGGAUGCUACAGAAUCUAAAGUUUCUCCAUCUGAGCAGUGA